ACAACUAACAUUGACAAGUUAUUUAUGGUGCGAGGUGACUUGUAGAUCACUCAGCCUCGACUUGCCUUUAAAUUCGGCUGAAAUAUCAAACGGUCCCAUUGUUGCAAGAGGCGAACUCUGGCCGCACAAUACACAUUCACCAUUCCUGCGUAGACGCUUGCUAUAAUACACAGUGUUUGUGCAUUGCACGGGCUUGAUUGUGGUUGCAUAUCUGUGAAUAGUUUAGCUUCAAGUAUCAGUUUACUUACUUAUUCUACCACCGCAAUGAACAGAGUAAAGGUAGUUUUUGGUCAUUUAUCGCCACCAAACACGUUCAAAACCCACAGCGAUCCUAUUGUCUCCGGGGCAAAAUGUAGUGCUUUAUCCGCCAGUCCAGAUGAUAUAGUAGUGGUCCACGGGCUGAGGACUGCUAUCGGCAAGGCGAAAAAAGGAUCUUUCAAGGACACCACUCCAGACGAGCUGUUGAGUUGUGUGAUGACAGCGGUCCUGGUAGAUGUGGGACUGUCACCUGAGAGACUAGGGGACAUCUGUGUGGGUAAUGUUCUACAGCCUGGGGCAGGUGCUCUCAUGGCCAGAGUGGCUCACUUCCUCAGUGAGUUCCCAGAGACUGUUCCUGUCUACACCGUCAACAGGAUGUGUUCCUCUGGACUACAGGCUCUGUUCAACGUCGCGGGAGCCAUCAGGAGUGGGUCAUAUGAUAUGGGUCUGGCCUGUGGAGUGGAGAGCAUGUCUCUGCGUGACGCUGGGGAACCAGGCGAUGUGAGCUCCAGACUUAUGGACUACGAGAAGGCUAGAGACUGUGUCAUACCUAUGGGCAUCACCUCAGAGAAUGUGGCAGAGCGGUUCGGUGUGUCCAGAGAGAAGCAGGAUGCGUUCGCCUACAGCUCUCAGCAGAAGGCCAGCCAGGCUCAGAAGCAGGGGAUAUUUGACCAGGAGAUCUGCCCAGUAACCACAAAGUUUGUUGACGAGGACGGCUCUGAACGUACGGUUACCAUAACCAAGGACGAUGGGAUCCGGCCCGGGACCACGCUGGCGGGGCUGACCAAACUCAGAGGGGCUUUCAAACCUGACGGCAGCACCACCGCAGGUAACUCCAGCCAGGUGAGUGACGGUGCAGCAGCGGUGCUGGUGGGCAGGAGGUCCGUGGUGGAGUCCCUGUCUCUGCCAGUCCUGGGGGUGCUGAAGGCCAGUGCUGUGGUGGGGGUACCCCCUGAUGUCAUGGGUAUUGGACCAGCCUAUGCCAUCCCUGCUGCUCUGGGGCAGGCCGGUCUGACUGUAGCUGAUAUUGACGUGUUUGAGAUCAACGAGGCGUUCGCCAGCCAGGCUGUGUAUUGCGUGGAGAAGCUGGGGAUCCCCCUGGAGAAGGUGAACCCUAACGGAGGAGCCAUCGCCUUGGGUCACCCUCUGGGCUGCACCGGGGCCCGCCAGGUUGUCACCCUGCUCAAUGAACUCAAACGCAGGGGCAGGAGGGCCUAUGGCGUGGUGUCCAUGUGUAUCGGAACAGGGAUGGGAGCUGCAGCAGUGUUUGAGUACCCUGGACCUUAGAGGGAGCUGAUCAAUAAUAAUAUUGAUGAAGGGUUUACACUGUGAUGCUUCUUACACCUUUGACAGAAUCAGCCAUUGAUUAACCGUUGAGGUGUUCCUUCCCUGACUAUUGAGUACUAACAGUUUGUCAGUUGUGUGAUUCAUCAUGUUUUUGGACUCCAUAUAAAUAAUAAUAAUAAUAAUAAUAAUAUAUGCCAUUUAGCAGACGCUUUUAUCCAAAGCGACUUACAGUCAUGUGUGCAUACAUUCUACGUAUCGGUGGUCCCUAAAUGACGGCACGAGAACUGACUGGUUAAUCAUUCCGUAGAUUACUGUAUGUUACUGUAUGCCUUGCCAAAGUCUGAUACAUCUUUAAGUGCCUUGCAUUUCAGGAAAGCAAUGCAUUGUGCUUUGAUAUAGCGCUGUACGAAUCAAUCUGUAAAUAUGUGAUUUUGUUUGAAAUGUUCAAUGUUAGGGGCUGAAAGAGUGAUAUGGAAUAACAUGGGGUAGAUUAGUUAGAUGUUGAUAUGGAAUAACAUGGGGUAGAUUAGUUAGAUGUUGAUAUGGAAUAACAUGGGGUAGAUUAGUUAGAUGUUGAUAUAGAAUAACAUGGGGUAGAUUAGUUAGGAGAUGGUGAUAUGGAAUAACAUGGGGUAGAUUAGUUAGGAGAUGGUGAUAUGGAAUAACAUGGGGUAGAUUAGUUAGGAGAUGGUGAUAUGGAAUAACAUGGGGUAGAUUAGUUAGAUGUUGAUAUGGAAUAACAUGGGGUAGAUUAGUUAGAUGUUGAUAUGGAAUAACAUGGGGUAGAUUAGUUAGAUGUUGAUAUAGAAUAACAUGGGGUAGAUUAGUUAGGAGAUGGUGAUAUGGAAUAACAUGGGGUAGAUUAGUUAGGAGAUGGUGAUAUGGAAUAACAUGGGGUAGAUUAGUUAGGAGAUGGUGAUAUGGAAUAACAUGGGGUAGAUUAGUUAGGAGAUGGUGAUAUGGAAUAACAUGGGGUAGAUUAGUUAGAUGUUGAUAUGGAAUAACAUGGGGUAGAUUAGUUAGAUGGUGAUAUGGAAUAACAUGGGGUAGAUUAGUUAGGAGAUGGUGAUAUGGAAUAACAUGGGGUAGAUUAGUUAGGAGAUGGUGAUAUGGAAUAACAUGGGGUAGAUUAGUUAGGAGAUGGUGAUAUGGAAUAACAUGGGGUAGAUUAGUUAGAUGGUGAUAUGGAAUAACAUGGGGUAGAUUAGUUAGAUGGUAAUAUGGAAUAACAUGGGGUAGAUUAGUUAGGAGAUGGUGAUAUGGAAUAACAUGGGGUAGAUUAGUUAGGAGAUGGUGAUAUGGAAUAACAUGGGGUAGAUUAGUUAGAUGGUGAUAUGGAAUAACAUGGGGUAGAUUAGUUAGAUGGUGAUAUGGAAUAACAUGGGGUAGAUUAGUUAGAUGUUGAUAUGGAAUAACAUGGGGUAGAUUAGUUAGGAGAUGGUGAUAUGGAAUAACAUGGGGUAGAUUAGUUAGAUGGUGAUAUGGAAUAACAUGGGGUAGAUUAGUUAGAUGGUGAUAUGGAAUAACAUGGGGUAGAUUAGUUAGAUGGUGAUAUGGAAUAACAUGGGGUAGAUUAGUUAGAUGUUGAUAUGGAAUAACAUAAUAGUUAGAUGUUGAUAUGGAAUAACAUGGGGUAGAUUAGUUAAGCUCUAUUUGCACGGGACCUGUAUUACUAGAGAUCGUUGGUUAUGUAAUUAUUACGAUAGAAUGUCCGUUAGCCCAGAGGUUGACUGGGAUGGGAUUCAUUUUCCCAAAUUGACCCCUGUAAUUCUUACUUUUUAAAAUAAAUUCACAGUUAUGACAGAA